UGUCCAAGCUGCAGAGAGAGUUGCUACAAGCAGCAAGAGUGUCCAGAUCUCUUGAGAUCAGCAUCACUCUUCUCAGAGACACACUCACCAGCAAAGAUCGAGAGCUGGAGGCACUGCGACUGGCUAGGUCUCACCAGGAACAGGCUCUCCAGCAGACCAGGGCCCCAGCUGAGGUCUAGAGAGACAGGAGAUGGAGACGGGAGAGCACACACUGGAACAGUCAGGCUGAGAUGUUGGCUGUGGAAAGGAGGAGGGUAUGCAGCAACUCAGCAGCUCAUCAGCUCUCUCCUUCUCUCCAGUACUAGCACAAUGCUGCUGGAAGAGAGUGGUUCGAGGUCUAUUCUGAGGAGGAUAGCAGAUCUAGCCCCAGUCCUGUCCCAGGAGGCACACAUUGUCAACCAACUCUCCAAGAACAAUCAGUUACCUCAUUUGAGUGUAGAGCAGUUGACUGCAGCAGUCAACAGUCUCAGUCAAGUAGUGGGAGCUCUCUCUGAGAGGGUUGGUGAGCGUGGUGAGGAUGAGAUGGUAGGUGUCCUGGGGGCAGUUCAGAGACUGGUACAGGAGCUGACUGUUGUACUCUCCUCUCUCGACCAGGGGCAACGCCACCAACUUCCCCAACAGUUGUCAGCAGUGAGUGAUCUACUGACUCAGUUGAUAUCUGGUGACCAGAGAGCUCUGGCCAGAGACACGACUCUCUCAGAGACACCAUGCUUCACUCCAGACCCAACUACAACACAGUCUGAAGGUGUAUCAGUUCAAACUCAGAAAGUCUUUGAAGAGAAUGAGCAGUUGAGAAUCGAAUUAAGAGAUGCAGAACAUCUAUUACAGCAGCAAAGUGAAAUCAAUGCAAAACAAAGGGCAUCUCUGGAGGCAGAGUCCUCGCGAAGUGCUCAGUUGGAGAGAGAGAAGCUAGCCGCAGUUUCGCAGCUGGAGACAGAGGUCAAAGGUCUCAGCAGAUCUCUUGAAAUCGGUGACCUCGACCUGGCGGAGGCCCAGUCUCGUCUGGCGAGUACCCGGAGGCCGAGGGGCUCUCUGGAGCGAUCCACUCAAACCAUCUCCUCUACAACCAGGAGCUAAGAGCUUCGAAGAGAAGUGGCAGAGUUGUUGGAUAAAGCUCUUCAUGAGCUUGACUCAGUCACAGUCAGAGAUGGGACAGCGACGGGCAGACUACCUGCAACACCAGGCAACACUGGCUUCACUGCGGGAAGCGUUGGAGGUGGAGAGGGCACCAAGGAUGAGAUGGUUGGCGGUGUCAGAGGUACAGGGCAGCUGGAGAGUCCAGGAGGCCAGGGGUGCGACGCGGCAGAGAGGGAGACGCUGAGACAGAGACUGGAGGAGUGUGAGAGGGACUGGAAGAGAGGGAGGAGGGCAGGGGAGCCAGGGGGAGAGAGAUGCCGAGCUGGGCAGGGUACAGGCACUCUGCAGUCUCUGGAGGCUGACAACAGAGAACAGGUAGUUCUCAUUGCAUCUACUUAAGUCAGGAGCACUACAGUCAGCUGUUGGAGAAUGAUCGGAGGAUGGUGGUGGGCCCUUCGCUCCAGUCUCGCGGCCAAGGAGAGGGAGCGACAGAGACGGUAGACAGAGUCCUGCAGAGAAGGUGGGCCUGGCCAAGGUCAGGGAGCGCUGGCAGCACUGCGAGACGCUCGCUGCAGACUGAGUCACACGCACAUCUCCUCCUACAGAGCAUGUUAUCUAGUCUCCGUGCUGAGGGAGAGAGUAGAGCUGGAGAGGAGACUGUGAGGCAACUGGAGUGGACCAACUUAGAAGACAACUAAUCAGCUGCAAGCUACCUCAGAGAAGCAAAGAGAGACAGUUGUCAGAGGCAAGAGGGAAAAGCAGCGCUCCAAGCCAUAGUUUCUGGACUCCAACUCAAAUCACUUCUCUUCAAAGGAAGACUUCUCGUGACAGAGUAAGUAGUGAUGUGACACCAGUG